ACGGCCACAUCUCCAUGCCUGCACGUUGCAGCUCUCUAGCUGUCUCUCUCUGUGCGUCUCAGUGCAGCAGCAGCUGAAGUCUAUGUUCAUUGCUAACCUGAUCAGCCCAGGAUGUGGCUUCUCGUUGACGUCACGCCCAGAUGUUUUCCCAGGCCACGCCCCUACGGGGGUCUGAAACACUCAGAGGAGCAAUAACGGGGAAAGCUUAUUCUACUGUCACAAUGCAAUGGAAGGGCUAGAGAAACUGCAUUUUUGUUAUUUUAUGGCUUUCUAGAAAAUCAGCAUCAAUUCCGACUUCAAGCAACAAACUGCCAGUGUUAGGAUUUUCUUUUUUAUCCCCCUUUACUGGACUUUAAAUGACUUUAGGGACAAGCCGGGUGUGAUCUUCAUGAACAAAGUGCAUUUAUGAUAGCUGCUAAAUCAACCCUCACUUCUGCAAAGAGAUUCUAAGUUAUAGGAGAGGAAAAGGCUGUUUGUAUUUUUUUUUUUUAAGAGAAAGAGUAUUUCUCUCUCUCUCUCUCUCUUUUUUUUUCUUUUUUUACACACAUGAAAAAUGGCAACAGCAGCAUAUGUGGAUCACUUUGCAGCCGAGUGCCUUGUUUCUAUGUCCAGUCGUGCUAUCAUCCAUAGCCCCAGAGGGGAACCAGACCCUCGACCUGAUGCAGCAGUACCUCUUCCACUUCCCUCGAACGGAGAAGAAAAGUGGGAAGCAAAAGAGACUGGGAAAGACAAUGGAUCAUCGCUUUUUGUGGUGGCCAGGAUUUUAGCCGAUCUAAACCAGCACGUCCCAAACUCUCCUGCCCUUCGGAUGGAAAAAACGGAGAGUGUUGAUAAAAGAGAAAAAAUAAGCCUUGCUCUUUCUCCUGAGGAGUUUGGGGAGGAAAGCGUCUUCGCAGCCGGCAAGCGUGGAGGAGGAAAAGCAGCCACACCUACUAGCCUGGCUGCAGUAAGUGAGCCAAGCCCCAAACAAAGGAACAGACGGGGGAGAAGCCGGGCUGACCCCGAGUCACCCCAGAAAAAGCACAAAUGCUACUACGUGGGUUGCGAAAAAGUUUAUGGCAAAUCUUCCCAUCUCAAAGCUCAUCUAAGGACCCACACAGGUGAGAGGCCUUUCGAAUGCAGCUGGCAGGAAUGCAACAAGAAGUUUGCUCGCUCCGAUGAGCUGGCCCGGCACUAUCGCACUCACACUGGAGAAAAGAAGUUUGGCUGCCCUCUCUGUGAGAAACGCUUCAUGCGCAGUGACCACCUGACGAAGCAUGCCCGGCGCCAUGCCAACUUCCAUCCCAGCAUGCUCAAGAGACGGAGUGGAAGCAGCUCGAGAACAGGGUCAGUCAGUGACUACAGCCGUUCGGAUGCAUCGAGCCCCACCAUUAGCCCUGCCAGCUCCCCGUAAACCUACCUGCACUGGACGUCAGCACUUUGCCUCUGAUCUAUAUUGUGGAGUUUAAUUUGUGUUGCACACUUUUUUAAAACUCUUUGCUUUUUGUUAUUGUUUUAUUUUAAAAAUCAGUAAGUAGCUGCCUCUCACUGCAAUUUCCAAAUAAAUUGUCUUCACAUCGCCAAACAGGCGGCUGGCCUAACCUCAUGGAUAGAUGGACCUGAAUGUUUCAUUCAGAGACUUCUGCUGGCUUGAUAUUUCAUACAUUUUACAGCCACAAAUGGAUGUUCUUGAUUGUUGUUUGUAAAAAACAAGAAAACCUUUAAAAAACCCCCAACAACUUUAGUUCACCUCAGGUGUUGAAGUCAUUUUGUAAGAACAGAUUGCACAACACAUGCAUAUGUACAGUUACAAUUCAGCUGUGUCGAGUUUUGUCCCCCCUUCUCCUUUCUCAGGGAUGGAUAUUUAUAUUACACAAUAAUUACAAUGAAGACACACCCCAACCGCAGCCUUAUUCUGUAGAUAUAUUUGCACUCGGAAGCUUUUUGCUAGGUUUUUUCACACACUGGGGGAAAAAAAACCCAAACAAGCUGGAAUUUAUUGCCAGGCUCUUGUAUUGUUUGAUGUCACAGUUACAUACCUAUGUUUGGGAAUGUCCAUACAGCGGCCUUCUUCUCUUUCAUCUAGCUGCUCUUUGCUUUUGAUAGCAAGUGGCCAUUUUACUUCUUGCUGAAGAUGCUCCAUAACCAGCUUCCUGUUGCAAAAACCUUCCUGAGGAUGGAUAAACUUUUUUUAAAACUAGUUUAAAUUUCCGAGAAAGAUUUCUAAACGAGAUGCCUUAAGUCAUGUAACCUAAGCAUAAGGAAACACAUUUACACUGGGUAACACUUUUCCUGCAAGGUAGUAUGGAAUUCUGGAGGCAUUGCGUCUUCUCCUCCCCUGCGUUGUUAAAGCUCUCUGCACUGCCUGUUGAAUAUGGGACCAACAAAAUAUUCAAAUCAAACCACAUUGACUUGAACAAUUUUUUUUUUUAAGUACUAAGAAAAGAGCGUAGCUGAACCAAUUGUUCAUCAAAACUUUUAAUAAGGUACUUACCUACUGUACAGCUGGAUGUUAGUAAGAUAAAUUGCUUAGGACAAAAUUUCUGUACCCUGUUGCUUCAUAAUUGUGGUCCCUGACAAAAGGAAACAAAAAAAUCAUCAUUAAAUGUCCUUUGACUGGGAAAAUAAAAUAUGCAUUUUGAAAAAGUGUUAUAAAAAUAAUGUUUUAGCUUAACAGUGCUUCAUGCUUCCCUUAUAUCUAUAAAGUAGGGCUUUCUUUACUUCCAAAUCACUGUAUAUUAAAAAAAGGGAAUCUUAAUUAAUUGUUUCCAUGUUGGGCUGUUCUAUGCUUUACAACUGGUAUGUGCUUUACAAAUGAUCUAGAAUAUAGCAAAAGAACAGAGCAUUGCAAUGUAGCAGAGACUCAUUGGCAGCAAAUACACUUUGUUUGGUUUGGCUGGUUCGAAUGGUGCAUAUAAAACAAAAUCAGGUGCUUUUAUAGCUUUGGACUUUUUUCAUAUUACUGUACAAGAUAAAUGCAGUCAAGUGUAGCAUAGUGAAAAGAAAUUAUACACCAAACCUGCUGUCUGAUAUAAAGUGAAUGCCUCCACAUUCCAAAGGAAUCUUGAUCCAUAUCUUAUUUGCUGCUUUGCAUUGAUCCAAUUUUGCCAGUUUUAAAAUUUUUUUGUACUGUAUAUUAACUGUGAGAGGCUAAUGCAGUAUAGAUUUAUAAGUAGUUUCAUAGGUACUUGCAUAACAUUUAAAUUGUUCAUAAUAUCAAGCACUCCUUCAGUUGUCUGAUUGGAAACGACUUAAAUAUAGGUGAAAAUACAGAUAUUUCAGUGUAUUUAUGUAUAUUUGGUUCAAUCAUCACUAUUACAAAACCAUUUUCUUCCCUAAAUCACACUAGGCUGGAGUUUUUGGUUUGAAGUAAUGAAUAGAAAGAAUGAAAGAAGCCUGUUGCAAGAGGCUCUGUGAACUGUUUGAUCUGUGUGUGGAGUUGCUUGCUCACUGUGGGUUUGGGAAAAGCCAUAUCCAUUUACCUCCAUAGUUAUAACUUUUGUAAUCUCUUCCAAUGAGAUACACAACAUUGACAUUUUGAUACAAUUCGGGUAAUAGGAAUUCACAUUCCAAUCAUUUCUGUGGCUGAUAGAAAUGCUUUUGUGCUGUAGUUUGUAAAGAGGCAAUAAAAAUAACUAGAUAAAGAAUUUUACAGGUUAUUUGUACCUAUUGCACACACUUUUAAAACAAUUAAUUAAAUGUCAAAUAUAUUUCUUAUAUGAAUAUAACUCAGUAUGGGUACAAUGAUAUAGGAAACAAACUGAAAACAAAGAAUAAAUAUGAAGUGCUGGAAUGUAUCAGCUGAAACAGUAAUGGCCUUUAUAGUCUGAUUGCAAAUGAUCAUGCAUUAUUUUCUCUAAAGAAAGCAUUAUAUUCUUCCUAGUUCUCUUCCAUGUGCAGUAUGCAGUUCUAUUCCACCCAUUAUAAUAGAUUUCUUCAGGUUAUAACAUUUUAGCAUAAAUUAAAGUAUUGGAAGUUGUUAUAGAUUUAAUUAUAGGCAAAAUGAUUUAAUAACCUUCAUCUAGGCAUAUUGCAAGCUUGCUAAUAAAGUUUGAACAGCAGCAGAGGAAUAUGGGACAAACCUUUCUAAACAGAAGUGCCAGGCAGAUUUGUUUACCCAAACAACAAACUAAAUCUUUUUUAUUUCUUCCCCAACCUUGGAGGUUUUAAAAUUAUUUUGUAAAUUUAGACAAGCUGAAAUAUUCAAUACAAGCUGCUAUGAAAGGAAUUCCCACCUCAGCCAAUUCAUUCCAAAAGACCACAUUUCUUACAAAUACCUAAAACUUUGGGAAGGUUUCUGAAUCAAAUCUUCACAACUUCAGAAUGUCUUCCAUCUCGGAGAUAAACAUGUCAGAUAACAAUUUAAAAUUGCCAGUCAAAAAUUGUCAUUUUUAAACCUCCCCACCAGACUGUCAAAGUCUCUAUUAAAUGCUCUUUCAGAAAUCUGAUGAUGAAUUCCUUCCCUACAUUCCAGCCCACUAGUUGUUUUUAUAACUGAACGUGAACAAAACCUCCUGCCAGAUUCUUACAUUUAAAGAUGUAAUCAUCUGUCCAGAAGCAGAAGUGCCACAGACCCUUUUCUUGUGAUAAUUCCUCCAGUUUUGCAGAUGUUUGAACAGCUCAGAUAAAGUUUUUGAAAACUUAAUGCCUUUUCAAGCUGACCUUAAACUCUAAGAACUUGCUAUUUAAUCAUAUGAUCUCAUGUGAAAGCAGUUUCCCAUCACUAGAUGCUCAGGAAAUACUGUUCUGGUAAGGUGCUAUUUCUGCCCACUCCGAUUUAUGGAAAGCUUAUCUCACUCCUUCCACUCCCAGAUGUCCUAAAAACUCAGGUGAUGUGGACUGCAGACUUUAAAUCUUUAAUUUCAUUCUUUUAGAAUAGAUGUAUUUAAUAGUAAAAAGUAAGAUCUCAGGGUUUGUUUACAGUUGUCCCCAAUGCUAGUUCUGGAAUUUGGACUGAACUGCCAUGAUGAAGGAAGAGUGCACAAAGCUGAAUACCUAUCUUUUCAGUUUUCUUUGCAAUCAUAAAGGCUGCUUGUCUUCUCUUUUAAACCUCCAUUAAAAUAAAAGUUGAAGCCACUUGAUAUUUCUCUGUAAACUACAUUCAAAGUGAUAUAAACUGCUCCAAGGCUUAUCUUCUUUAAGUUCAUUUCACUGUCCAGCUGAGACCAGUGAGGGAUGAGAAGGAUGGUAUUUUCUGUCUCAGUGGAUUUUUAAUCAUAUUUUUUACAGAUGCAUUUUAUUCUAGUUAUCAGAAACUUGCAAUAUAAUCCAUUAACCUCCUUUUAUGCAAGAUCCAAGCGCAUUAACAGCCAUAAGACUUCAGUUUUCCAUUUUUCCCACUAGGAGAAAUCCAGAUUGGUAAAGUUUAGGCAGCUAUGAAAUGUCCCCUCACCCCUUACGUCUGCAAACUAGUUGCUUCUUGCUUUUGUAAUAUAUUUGCUUGGUAUCUGUUUACAUUACAUAAUGGUAAAGGUAUAUAUUUAUAAGAAACCAUCAGAAGCCUAUGUUUGAUAGGAACACCUAACUUGUGUACAGAAUGACAUGUUUUACUAUGCAUAACCUACCUUUCCUAUUGCAUUGUUAGCUGCAGUAAGUUCUGGCCCUGCAAGCCUCCAUACAGCUUCAAAACCUCAUUACUCUGUAUCAUUUCAGUGCUAUUUGGUCUAUUCAGCCAGUAUGGAAUCAGGGGUAAGAAAGGGCCAUGUAAGCUCAUAAAUUCUUAGCUGUACAAGUUCACACCCAGAUUUGCCCAGUCCAGCAUAGUGGUAUGAGUUCUAAGGUUGGUAUUGUGUGAACUGCACUGUGAUUUUGGAACCAUGCUUUAUGAACAAAGAGUAAGGAAAAUAAACUCUUCAUAUUUAAAGCUAAUUUUUUCAUAAUCAUUUGCUUUGCUAAUGUCACCAACUGCAUGCCUACAAAUCUACUCCCUGGUGCUCUCUUACACCAUGUGUGUAUAGGCGCUUAUGUAUGGACUAUGCCAGUGAACAGUAUAAUGAACUUUAUAUUUUUAAGUGUUGGGGACAACCAUACAGACAACAGGUGGCCUAGAAAAUACCCAAAAUAUGCUCAUGUACCUGCUAAGGAAUAUAGAGUGCAUGAAACCAUCUACUGGUGUAGAUUUUCUACAGGUAUACACAGACACACACAUACCCUGACUGAGGGGAGGUCCGCAAAGCAACUAUAGGCAUCUUUUUUAUUACAACCAGAGAUGGACCUGAACCAAACAUCCCUGAAUUUUGGGAGAGUUUAAAUCCCCUUUUGAAUUUUGUGGUUUAGUCCCAUCUCUAGUUACAGCUAUAGUUACCUGUAUAUAUACAAAUGCUGUGUGUGUGUGUGUGUGUGUGUGUCAGUGACUGUUUGUGUCAGUGUGCAAAAUGCACAUGUUUACAUACAUAUUUUCAGCUUUUGGUGAAAUUAGAUGCCAUAUGCAUCAGUUUCACCCAGACAGUUUUAUCAACAGCACAUCAAUGCUUUCAUGGGUCACUUUUCAACUAUCUAAAUCACUACAUUGAAGUAUUACAGUUGUACAAAUAUAUGCCGAUCUAUUCUUGCUCUGCUGUAACUUUUUAUGUAUUUUAUACUGCAUAGAUUAUAUAUUGUGACAAUGUCCUAUGCAAAAAAAUUAACAAUUGUAAAAUAUGGUCUUAACUUGUAUGCAUGGUUAGCAACGUUUACAUUUUAAAAUAAAAUUUAUAAUUAAGAAAUA